AAAACAUUGUGCUUUUAAAAAUAAAGCAUGUCGUCUGUGAUUAAAUUAGUUUAAUGAGACUCGUAGCACUAAUUGCCGUACCGGCUGAACUUGGGAGAGUUCGAGACAUUGAUUCGAGUAAUGUUGUGCCGCUGUUUCCUGGCAACGAGCACUGUGGCAACUCUUUCGCAAGAUGGCAUAGAUUUUUAAAGUAAUGUACGUUUGCGUUUUCUUCGCCGUGGUAAGUCCGGGGAAAUAAGAUCCGAACGGUUGGGUCCGAGGCGAAAUUCGUACGUAGCUCGCGUUCAUUAUGACAGCACCGAAGUGAAAGCGGGUGCAAGUUUGGCAAUGACGCGCUGUUAACUAUGCGUGAUCGAUGAAAAUGUCAUCAGACAUGACGGGCCGGGCUUUCUGCGUUAAAGUACAGCUGCACGUACACGCGGUAACGUGUCCCGGCGUGUGGCUGUGCCCGAACGGCAAAGUGGCUCUGCGAAUCGACACCCUCGACCGCCGCGAGGAAUCUCGCCAAGUAAGCCCGAUCUUUCCGCUCUUGUUCCACGACAGAUUCACCUUCAGCAAGGUGUUCAGUCGGACGGUCUCCUUAGCGGAGCUGCAGCGCACCUUGGAGCAGGAGCUCUUGUACGCGGAGCUCAUACAGUGGGUGACGCCGGGUGACCGAGGUAUCAUUAUGGCCACAUUCGAGACGAAUUUGGCGGAUCUGCUGUACCCCACGUCGUACUUCAAAGGUUUGCUAGCCGGAGUGGACGUGGAUUUAUUGAUGGAGCCGACCAAGUGCUUUCCUGGUAUAAUAGCACCGAAAAUCGAGGUUUCCACCAAAACGGUAGUCGAGGAGGUGUUGGGCUCCUAUGACACAAGUAUAAGCAAAUGUUAUGUCGUCAAUCCAAAAAUGAUUAACUCUAAGCAAACGACGUGCGGACAAAGGAAAAGGCUGGUGAAAGGCAUUAUAAGGCAACGAAGAGUGUGUCACACAAGAAACAAGCCGAGAUCUCAAAGCUGCCGACCAUAUUGUCAGAGAUCAUGUAGCGUGGACGAUUAUCAUCAAUGUUCUUCGUGCACCACGAGUAAUCAGACGGGAUCGCAGAUUCACCAAUGUUACCACUCGAGGAGAAGAGAUUCCACACGCGCUCCUCGACCGAGUUUUUCGAAACUAGCCGCCACAUGUGAUGAUAUCCAUGUUACGGACAAUUGUCCAGUUUGUUUGAAGUACAAUUGUUAUUUUUCCAAGUGUUACGACGACUCGGACAUAGCCGGGAGAUUCGUUGACACUAAGCAGAGAUAUCGCAGAAAUUUCUCCGACACUAGAGAGUACUGUUGUGUUUGUAGACCGAACGGCGUGUCAGACAUGCGGGAAGAACCGACGAGAUUGGAAUCCAAAGUCAGAAAUCUUCGCAAAGCUAGAGAAAAAUUGUGUGCUGCUGAAACUGCAGCGGACGACGUUGAGGAGUGCAAUCCGAGCUGUAAAUUCACUCGAGAUCAUUCAAGCCACGGGUUUUACAAGAAUCUAGAAAAAUUUUACAAAAGGAUGUAUAAGCAAGCGAAGAUACGAGCGCAGGAAGUGAAUGGUUGAUGUGAUAACUGUCGUCUCAAAACUCUCGAGUAACAUAUUUUGUAUUAUAACAUUUUUGAAAAGUUUUGUGUAUCGAUUAAAUGUUUUAUACAUGGCGUUUAACAGAAUUUCACGCGAA